AGAAAUCCUACCAUUGCUUCUGAGAUGGCUAGCUCUAGCUCUUCUGCACUCCCACCGUCGUCCUCGGACGCGAUUAAGCCUGAGAUCUUUGAUGGGACCGGCUUUAAGCGCUGGCAGGCCCGGACGAGGCUGUGGUUGAUGGAGCUCGGUUUAUUCUGGGUCCUCACCGAAGAGCCGCCCGCCCCCCAGGGGGAAGCCGUGCUAGACGAGGUCGAAAGAACGCGUCUUGACGCGUUAAGGGCCCGUUGGGAGAAGGCAAAUGCGUCUGCCCUGGCACGUCUCUUGGCUGUUCUGUCGAACAGGCUCUUCGACGUGUACGUGAGCUUCGGGGAAGCGCGGAAGGUGUGGACAGAGCUGAAUGACAAGUAUGCUGAAAGCGACAACGGCAACGAGUCCUUCAUGGUGGCAAGCUAUCUGAACUUUCGUAUGGGAGAUGGCAGAUCAGUCAUGGAACAAAUCCAUGAGCUUCAACUGAUCGUGCGGGACUUAGGCCAGUAUGGCUGUGUCCUCCCGGAGAACUUUCAGAUUAAUGCCAUUCUGGCAAAGCUGCCUACUUCUUGGCGUGACUUUGUCACUGCACGUCGGCAUUUGAAGCAGCGAUUGACUCUUAAUGAGCUCAUUGCUGCUAUAAAUGUCGAGGAGAAGUCCAAGGCAGGCUAUGGUGGGGGGAAGACGUCUGCUCAAGCAAACCUUGUCGAACACAAGAACCAUCCUGGCAAGAAUAUGAAGAAAGAAAAGACCAAGCCUGGGUUUUCGGGACCGAAGGUCAAUGCAAUGAAGAAGAAGAAAAAACCCGAGAUUGUCUGCUACGUCUGCGGCGAGUCGGAUCACAAAGCCAACAGAUGCCGCAAUCGUAAAGGCAAGGGGCCAACACCUGAACAGCAGAAGGCAGCCAAAGCCCAAGUGAAUGUGGCGGUUGCAAUGGCCAAUGAUACUGGCAAAGGCGACUCCACUAGUGGGGCGCAGAUGGUGGAUCCGUACUGAUGGGGAACGGGGUCUCGGCAGCAGUGCGCGGAGUAGGACAAGUGAGCCUGAAGUUGACUUCUGGCAAGACUCUUGUCCUGAAGGACGUGCUGUUUGUACCUGCCAUGACGCGCA